AUGUGUAACCCAUGGAGUAUAAUAGCGUGUAUUGUUGUACUAUCUAGAAAUGUUACUGAUAUAGAACUAUUACUAAAAUCUUUACUAAUGACCUCAUCUCAAUGUUUAAUCAAAGACUUGUUAGAAUGUUUUUAUUGUAUGGCAACUCUAUGUAAUGGUAUGAUGAAAGAAGGAAGACCUGAUGUGUGGAAUUACCUACAUUACAGGUUAUUUUAUACUCUAUAUUUAUUUGAGAAUGCCUCAACCAGUCACACGAUAAUGUUUAAAUUUUUUACAAUGAGUUUUCUAUUUGUUGCUUUCAGAAAUAGCAGCACGAAUGUAAGACUAACUCAUGAACAAUUACGUAUUAUCAAGUACAAUCCACAUGAUAGAGAAGUUAUUAAAAUAGUGGCUUUUGCUGGUACUGGAAAAACAACAACUCUAGUUAGAUAUACACAACUUAGACCAAAUCUCAAAUUUUUGUUGGUUGUCUAUAAUAAAUCUGUAUGUGAACAUGCUAAAACCAAAUUUCCACAUAAUGUAACGGUAAAAACUGGUCAUGGUUUGGCUUUUGGUGUAACUGGAAGAAAGUAUGCAGCUGCAAAGAAAUUGAAUAGUUAUGGAUUAAAGGUGUAUAAUGUAGCCAUGACAUUACCAUCUAGAAAGGGAGAAAACCUGUAUGUUAGAGCCAAGUUUGUUUUAGAAACUUUAAACAAUUUCUUAGCUUCAGCAGAUUAUACUAUCACUGUAGAACAUACUCCAACGUUCCAGAAAAAUGAUGCUGGUCAAAUGAUUCCAAUUAAUGAAGAGUUUAAAUCAGUAAAAGAAGCUAAUUAUAUAUGGAAGAAAAUGAAGGAUUAUAAUGAUAGACAAGUUGGAAUGACUCAUGAUGGUUAUUUAAAGUUAUAUCAACUAUAUAACCCAGUAUUAUCAGGUUAUGAUAUUAUACUGAUUGAUGAAGCUCAAGAUUUAACACCUACUAUUAUUGAUAUACUAGAGAAACAAAGACAAACUAAGAUAUUGGUCGGUGAUCCUCAUCAACAGAUCUAUUCAUUCCGUGGUGCUGUUAAUGCAAUGCAACAAAUACAUGCUACUAAAACAUUCUAUCUUACACAGUCUUUCAGAUUUGGACCUGAAAUAGCUCAUAUUGCUGCAUGUUGUUUAAGAUUAUUAAAGAAUGUUAAAGAUAAAACAUUAGUUGGUCAUGGUAAGCCUGGUUGUAUUACUGGUGAAACAGUAGGACAGUUAGCUAUCAUAUCUAGAUGUAAUUUUACUUUGUUUUGUGAGGCUGUGAAGAAAUGUUGUUAUUCUAAUAAUCCUACACUAAAAGUAGGCUUUGUUGGGGGUACUUCUGGAUUUGGUUUCCCAAUACUACAAGAUAUCUACAAAUUACUGAUUUCCCCUGAAGACAGAGUCAAAGAUGGCAGAAACAUAGAAAAUAAGUUUAUAGCUAGAUUUUCUAAUAUUGGUGAUAUAGAGAAAUAUGCUAAUAAAGCUAUGGACCAUGAGUUAUUGGGUAAAAUACGUAUUGUAAGAACUUAUAAUCAUAGUUUACCAAGUCAUAUCAAUAAAAUACUGGAGAAAUCAGUCAAUGAUCUACAAGUAGCAGAUAUUGUUUUCAGUACUGCUCAUAAAUCUAAAGGUUUGGAAUUCUCUACUGUAAGAGUUACAGAUGAUUUCAACUACCUUGGACCAGGAUCAAGUAUAAAUUUUGGUUUGGGACCUGUACCACAUGAUGAAAGUAAUUUAUUAUAUGUUGCUGUCACCAGAGCUAAAAAUGCGUUGCUAAUGUCACCAGACAUCCUGAAAAUACUAAAAGAAUCAGGAGUAAGUAAAACAUGUCUAAAAUUUCUAUUCUGA